CUCUCUGCCCGGUUCCUCCAGCUGUCUGGGGCUCCGCUUCGUUGCUCCACAUGCCCCGCCCCCUGCCCAGGCCCCUCCAAUCCCGGCGGCUCGGGCCUGGCGCUCCACGUUCCCAUUGGCCUGUCCGGAGCCCCCCGCCCCCGCCCGCCCGGCCCCUCCAGGUCCCUCCAUUCACGCAAAGUUUGGCUCUGCGCUGCGGAGGGAGGGGGCGGCCCGGCCCGGCCCAGCUCUGCCCCCGGCCGGCCCGACCCCAGCCCCGGCCCCUGGACCAGCCCUUAUCUGAUCCCAGCUCCGGGUUUAAGAGUCCUGGCCCUGCCGGUCGCGCAGCUCCGUUCCUCACGCCCGCCCGCCCCGUCCGUCCGUCUGUCCCGCUGCCCAUCCGAGGGGCCAUUCCACCCUGGACCCAAGAUGGCUUCGGUUGCCAAGGUGUAUUACAGCCAGACCACUCAGACGGAAAGUCGGCCCCUGAUGGGCCCAGGGAUCCGGAGGAGGAGAGUCCUCACAAAAGAUGGUCGCAGCAACGUGAGGAUGGAGCACAUCGCGGACAAGCGCUUCCUCUACCUCAAGGACCUGUGGACCACCUUCAUUGACAUGCAGUGGCGCUACAAGCUUCUGCUCUUCUCUGCUACCUUCGCAGGCACCUGGUUCCUCUUUGGUGUCGUGUGGUAUCUGGUAGCCGUGGCCCAUGGGGACCUGCUGGAGCUGGGCCCCCCGGCCAACCACACCCCCUGCGUGGUACAGGUGCACACGCUCACCGGGGCCUUCCUCUUCUCCCUCGAGUCCCAGACCACCAUUGGCUAUGGCUUCCGCUACAUCAGUGAGGAGUGCCCACUGGCCAUUGUGCUUCUUAUUGCCCAGCUGGUGCUCACCACCAUCCUGGAAAUCUUCAUCACAGGUACCUUCCUGGCAAAGAUUGCCCGGCCCAAGAAGCGGGCGGAGACCAUCCGUUUCAGCCAGCAUGCAGUCGUAGCCGCCCACAAUGGGAAGCCCUGCCUUAUGAUCCGAGUGGCCAACAUGCGUAAGAGCCUCCUCAUUGGCUGCCAGGUGACAGGCAAACUGCUUCAGACCCACCAGACCAAGGAGGGUGAGAACAUCCGCCUCAACCAGGUCAAUGUGACUUUCCAGGUGGAUACAGCCUCUGACAGCCCCUUCCUCAUCCUCCCCCUUACUUUCUACCACGUGGUGGAUGAGACCAGUCCCUUGAAAGACCUGCCCCUCCGCAGUGGUGAGGGCGACUUCGAGCUGGUGCUGAUCCUGAGCGGGACAGUGGAGUCCACCAGUGCCACCUGCCAGGUGCGCACCUCCUACCUGCCGGAGGAGAUCCUCUGGGGCUAUGAGUUCAUACCCGCCAUCUCGCUGUCCGCCAGCGGCAAAUACAUAGCAGACUUCAGCCUUUUUGACCAAGUGGUGAAAGUAGCCUCUCCAAGCGGCCUCCGUGACAGCACUGUACGCUAUGGAGACCCUGAAAAGCUCAAGUUGGAGGAGUCGUUAAGGGAGCAGGCUGAGAAGGAGGGCAGUGCCGUCAGCGUGCGCAUCAGCAAUGUCUGAUGGCUUGGAGUCCCACCUCCCCAUCCCUCUGGUUUCUCUUCUUCUUGUGGCUCCUGGGUGAGGGAUGUUUGUUACCCAGGCUUACUGGGGAGCCCCAGAAGCAUCCUUCUCUACUUCCUCUUUAUCCCAGAGGCCACCUGGAGUCCACGUUUUUCCUCCCUUCACCUCACCCCACUUUGGCCCCAAGAUGCACAACUCCCUUAAGCCAGGAUGGGGGAAGGAGAGGGAAGAUUAGGCUGAAGUGGCUUAGAAGGCCUCAGCCAUGCUUGGAGACUCACAUUAGGAGGGCCGUGCAGCUGGAUGAAUUGACUCCCCCCCACCUCCCACUACCACCAAUGUCUGGUACUUUGAGGCUGGAGCCCCCGCCCUCUCUAUCUUCCCACUUACCAUGUUAUCUAAGGCAAGACUCUCUCUGAUGGGGUAUGUGCCCUCAGAAAUAUAGGUCCCCAGAAUAAUUUUUCUCUACCAAAACCUGUGGAGAGAAGCCAGGGUUUUUCAUGGUGUAGUUUACUUUCUGUUGGCAACUCCUGACUCUAACCUAGGACCUUGGUUCCCACGGUUCUCUUCUUUCUAGUUUCUAAACUGGACCCUCUCUUUGGAUACCCAGUUCCUAUACAGAUGCCCUCUACUCCCAGGGACUAUAAAGCAUAAAGACACAACCUCCACACCUGAACCCAACCUGAAUACUGAAUUCUUCACUGUGGGGUGAUUAACGCAGAGCUGCUGUUUAAAGCCUGGAACCUAUCCUCCAGGCAGACCUGUUUCCCAUAAAGUGAUGACCCGCCCCAAUUCAUUCCCCUGGAAAAAGUCCAAUGCCCAGGCCUCAUAGAAAGGUCUGGAAAUAAUGUUCCUGAUUACACUGUCCCUGGCUUCCCUGAUUCUUUCCUGCCCAGCCCACUCUCCCCUUAACCCCAGCUCUGAAGGAAGGGAGGGAAAAUGCAAGGGCCUUCCUCUCUUAACACUGAUGCUUGACUAAAACUAGAUUCACAGGGCACAGAGUUUCAGGAGUUAAACCAACCCGCCAAAUGGGAGGAAACAUUCUCAGAUUUUCAGGCUGCUGUACACAGCUUAUGGGAAUCGGCGUGGCUCUGCUAAGGUCUGAGCAGAGGCAGAACUCUGUGGCUGGCAGACACGAUUCACCAUGACCCCUCCCAGUGCCUUCUGAAAAGUGCCAGCUAUUCUGUUAGGCAGUGCUGGGAGGGGAGGAAAUUACACCUCCUGAUCAAAUAACUAUGGUCUCCCUCAGCCAUUCCCGAGACAGUAUAAAACGAGUAUCAGUCUCCUCUCUUCUCUCCUCUGCCAUGACGCCAGUUUCAGGCAAGUUAAAAGGCAUGUUUUACGAGAUCAGACUCAGGCCAUUCCUUGUUCCCUGAUGGGGACUGUGGUAUGAGGUCAGGAAGGGUGUAUGGAUGCCAGAACUUUCUCUAAAGCUCCAAAUCCCAAGAGUGCUCCCUGUUCUCAUUUAGGUACCAAGGAAUACUCUCCCCCACCCCAGAUGGAUUUGCAUAGAGUCAAUGUAUGAAUCAAGUGGCAAUUUAUUUAAGGUAGACCAGCCAAUUGUUAUGGGUUUCCCUGAUGGCCUAGAUGAUAAAGAAUCUGCCUGCAAUAUGGGAGACCCAGGUUUGAUCCCUGGAUCAGGAAGAUCUCAAGAAGGAACUGGCAACCCACUCCAGUAUUCCUGCCUGGAGAAUCCUAUGGACAGAGGAGCCUGGCAGGCUACAGCAACUAACGCACACACACACAAUUGUUAUACACUACACACUUAUACAGAAUGUGCAUUUGCAUCUGUGUACAGAGCCUUACAGAGAAACCCACAAAAUUUGGAGAGUGGACCCAUGGUUGUCAUUUACUGCAACUGCCCAAGAUCCUCUUAUAUUGAUCUCUCCUUGAAUUCAACUAACCCUUCAUUCUCCACUUACUGUAAACUCCCCCCAUUACUCCCUAGCUCUCAAGCAAACAAGAACCAGAACAAACUUGAAAAUCUGAGACAGAAAAUAGAAGGCAAACAGUCACCUUCUGGGCUCUACACUUUAUUCCAUGUUUGACUCACCUGAUUUCUUUCAACGUAUAAGGGCAAAGAGCACUGCAUUGUGUGUGUGUAUCUUCUUAUCUAUUUGCAAAUUAUCCCCCAUCUAGUUUCUUCUGCACAGUUGCUUCCCUCCUGAGAGAAAUGCUGUCUCCCCAUUCCCUCACUGUCUAUUCCAAGCCUCCAGACUCCUCAGAUUCUUGGAUAACAAAAUGGAACACUUUCUGAGUUACCCUUUGUGAUUUUCCUGCACAAUCCCUGACUUUGCUCUAAAUUGCACUUUAAACCAUCCUUUUGAUAUAACCUGGCUUAUAAGCCCCAUCAGAGAACAACACUCCCUUGCCCUCAACCCUAAGUGGUUUUCUAGACUCAGCCCUCUGAGCUGAAAUCAUCUUUCAGGCUAUCAGGCAAGCUUUAGAAGCAGCCAUGUCUGGUGAGCAAUGGGAUCCCUGACCACACCAACCAUGGACUUAGACUGCCAGGACAGCAGUGGGCACAGAUCUUAAGGGAGGAGAUUUCAGAGGAUGGGUAACAUGACUCAUGUGGGAGGAUACUCAGGAUGCAAAGAUGAGAAAGGGUGGUACUGGGGGGACCUAGUGAAAUCGAUGAAACCCUUGAGUCUUACUUGGGCUAGCAGACAAGAAGUAGGUGGAGGCUCGGGGAAUUAAGCUAUGAUAAAUAAAUGAAAGAUUUAUCUAAGAAAGAGAAACAGAGAUAAUAUAUAUGUAUACACACAUAUACAUACACACACACACAUAGAGAGAUGUAUAUAGAUGUAUAUAGGACCAAAUAUACAGAAUGUACAGAAAGAAAGUAUUCAAAGAGCUCAGCAUGGGGGCAGAUAUCUUGCUCUGGUUUGGGGGUGGGUGGGUAGGACUUCCCAGGUUCCCAGAACUUACAGCCAGUGAUCCUGAUUUCAACAUGCAAAGCCUGACAAAGGCUUUCAGGUUUGAUGAUGGGAAAGGGAAGGGUGGAAGUUGCUCUUCAGAAUAAAGAGGUAUCCACUGAGGCUCCCGGUAAACCCUGUGCUGCUGAGAGGACCAGGAGGAGGGGAGACCUCCAUCCAUGGAAAUCUGGGGCCGUCUGCCAUGCAGCCUGUGUGCUUGCAUGCCUGGUGUCCUGAGGCACUUAAAAAUCCUGUUCCCCUCGCCAUUUCCCUGCUGUCAUGGGGUGGGGCACCUGCAGCUCCAGCCCCAGGAGGUGACGGCUAUUAAACUGAGAAGCUGAGCACUUCCGUGUGUCAGAGGCACUAAAGGGAAGCCUCAAGCCUGGAAUCUAAAUUCCAGGACUAAAGAGCUGCUGGACCCGAGAUAUUCUCAAGGCAGAGGCCCAGCUUUCUGUGUGGCUGCAAGCAGCCCAAAGAGAAUGCCUUCUGUGCUGGAAGAGUCCCAAUUCCAGCAUCUAUGCAUGGGGCAGGGCAUGGUGCUUUAGCUUUGAUGGGAGAGGCUUCUGAAAUCCCUACUCUGUGCUUCACCUCAUUACCUGCCUAACCCCUUAACCCAACCUCAGCUAGUAAGACCAUCAGGGAUUUCUCUCUGAGACCUGAGCAGAGAAAAGAAGCCAGUUAUACCACUGCUACAAGUUAAGGACACUGCCCCCUCCCAAGGCUGCUACCCUGGUCCUUUACCCUUGCUAGGUAACCUUGAUUAUUUGUAACAUAACAUAACACACUACCUUUGCUGUAAAGUUAGCCUGGGCUUCAGGCUCAGUCAUGGCCAACUCUAUUGAAAUCAGAAAUAUCUAGGGGUGGUUUUUCCAUUCACUGCAUUGAAGACUAAACCAGGUCAAACGUACCUAGGAAAAAUAUGUGGGUUUUUUUUUGGUUUAUUUUAUGUCUGUUCAGAACAAGUUACUAUUACUAAAUAAAAUGGCUGAAUCU